CAUUUUUGACAGAUGGCUCAGUUGGUAGGUUAAAAAAUAUUACAACAAACCUGCUGUCCGAAUUAUUUUAUAAAUUUAUUUAAUUAAACAAAAAAAAAAAAAUACGAAAAUGUUUUUAAGAAAAAUAGCUAUAAUACACUGCCCGGCAUUUCGUGAGCUAAUAGUGCCUUCUCGUCAUACAUGCCAACCAGCAUUUUCUCAACUACCCAAUCUUUUCAAUCAAAAACUCAAUUUAUUAAAUAGUCCCAAUCAAGCACAAAUUCGCUGUUAUGCAAAAGGCAAGGAUAGAGGAAAAGAAAAGGGUAAAAAAGGCGCCAAGGUAGCAAUCAACGAGAACCUUUUGCGUGAAACAGUAGACCUUGACAACCUGAAUGGACAAAUGAACCGGGCCGUCGAUCAAAUGAAAGAUGACUUUGUCAAACAACUUUCCUUACGCUCCACAACCGGUUCCAUUGAUACACUCAAAAUCACAGUUGAUGGAAAGGAUCAUGAGUUGCAAGAGUUAGCUCAAAUAUCCAGAAAGAAUCCUAAAACCAUUGUGGUGAAUAUGAUUGCCUUUCCACAGACAAUUCCUGAUGUUUUGAGUGCCAUCGAGAAGAGUGGUAUGAACUUGAAUCCCCAACAAGAUGGAACAACACUCUUCAUACCAAUUCCCAAAGUUACCAAAGAACAUCGAGAGAAUCUCUCCAAGAAUGCAAAGUCAAUAUUCAUCAAAUACCGGGAUGCCAUCAGAGAUAUUCAGCAGAAUGCCAUCAAAAAGGCUAAAAGACAAACUGAUAUUAGCAAAGACGACAUGUUUGCCAUACAAACUCAAGUUAAAGCAAUUGGCGAUAAGUUUAUAGCAGAAGCAGAUAAAAUUCUAGUAGCCAAACAAAGCGAACUUGUCGGAGGAAAGGAUUAACAGGAGAUUUGAAAGUAAAUUGUGUGUUAUUUUUUUAAAUUAAGUAUGAACAAAUAAAAUAAACUUACAUUUUGAGUUGGCAUCGUGUCGAGUGUAAGAAUUUUCUUGAA